UCUCUAUAUGUUGCCAUAACCUAAUCGAAAUAAUCCCUCUGCCCUCUUCCUAAUUUUCCCCUUACCAAGUAGAAACUAAUGUGUGCAAGUAUCCGAAGCCAACACCCUAAAAGCACAUCCUUUUCCUAGCAAAACGACUGCGCUUCGGUCGUCGUCUCCACCGAGGCAUGUUAUUCGUUCACUGCCUCUACUCUUCAGAUAUCACUCACCAUCGUACUUGCAUCCAAUAGAGACGUUGACUUCGUGCUUGUUCUGGAAGUGGAACAAAUGGACCAAGUCCUUCUUGACGACAUAAUCAAUCGCCUUCUCGAAGUUCGUGGCCGACCGGGGAAGCAGGUGCAGCUGUCGGAGUCCGAGAUCCGCCAGCUCUGUACCGCUUCCAGAGAUAUUUUCUUGCAACAACCUAAUUUAUUGGAGCUCGAAGCACCGAUUAAGAUUUGCGGUGAUGUACACGGUCAAUAUUCUGAUCUUUUAAGGCUUUUUGAGUAUGGUGGAUUACCUCCUGAGGCUAACUACUUAUUUUUGGGGGAUUAUGUGGAUCGAGGGAAGCAGAGUUUGGAAACAAUAUGCCUUCUCCUAGCUUAUAAAAUAAAAUAUCCUGAGAACUUUUUUCUUUUGAGGGGUAACCAUGAAUGUGCAUCUAUUAACCGUAUAUAUGGAUUUUAUGACGAGUGUAAAAGAAGGUUCAAUGUAAGGUUAUGGAAGACAUUUACCGAAUGCUUCAAUUGCCUGCCUGUGGCAGCACUCAUUGAUGAAAAGAUAUUGUGCAUGCAUGGGGGCCUUUCUCCUGAUUUACAUAAUUUGGAUCAAAUUAGAAAUCUACUACGGCCCACUGAUGUGCCUGAUACAGGUUUGCUUUGUGAUCUCCUCUGGUCAGAUCCAAGCAAAGAGGUUCAAGGUUGGGGAAUGAAUGAUAGGGGAGUUUCAUAUACAUUUGGUGCUGAUAAGGUCUCGGAGUUUCUUCAGAAACAUGAUUUGGAUCUUAUUUGUCGUGCUCAUCAGGUGGUGGAGGAUGGGUAUGAGUUCUUUGCUAACCGACAGCUUGUAACAAUAUUUUCGGCACCUAAUUAUUGUGGGGAGUUUGACAAUGCUGGUGCUAUGAUGAGUGUUGAUGAGACACUGAUGUGCUCUUUCCAAAUAUUGAAGCCAGCUGAUAAAAAAGCAAAGCUCAACAGUACUACCACUACUAAGCCAGGAAACUCCCCAGCAGGUGUAAAGUCUUUCAUGGGUACAAGAGUAUGAAGUUAAUUUUGGUGAAAUUGCUGCCGCAACUGGUCAGCUUGAACUUGAAGACGUAUUAGUUGCAAGGAAAGAAAAUAGUUCCAUUUGGUAUCAUAUGAUAUUUUGGAAAUGUAAAAACAAAAGGAAACACAUUAUGAAACUAUGUAAACCGUUGUUUUUCUCUGGUACAAAUUUGCAUUUUGAGGUGGACAGCCAUAAUUUCCCCCUUGUUUCUUUUGUACACUAAUAGCCUCUAUAUGUCGUGGAGUUGUAAGGUUCUCAAGAAUUGAUGAUACAUCUAAAUGUGUUCUGGAAACUAAUUAAAAAUGUUUACAGUUGGUGUAUGAAUGACGUUGAACCGCUAAAAA